CUGAAAAACAGCGUAUAAAUUCCUGCUCCUCAUCCAUCAUGUUGUCUUCUCUUCUCAUCAUUUCAAGGGAUGCUCAUCAACGGUCAGAAGUGGGCUUGUGAAGCUUGUGUACGCGGCCACCGUGUGACAAGUUGCAAACACCAUGAUCGACCGUUAAUCCAAAUCAACAGAAAAGGCCGUCCCUUUUCGACCUGCUCCGUCUGUGGCUGCACCCCUUGCGAGUCGCCCGAGGAGCACGCCAAACUCAAACGCGAGGCCGAAGCCAAAGCUGCUUCUUCUUCUUCAAAAAAAGCGAUCUCGUCGGGUAGAUGUUCGCGUCCUUCGACUGGCUUUCUUCCUAUUGCGCCUCGUCCUGUCGCCACCACUGCUGCUGCCGAUAAUAACAGUUUGAAUGCGAAUGCAAAUGCAAAUGCCGUGAUCGCUACCGCGUCGACUUCGGCCCCGGCUGAUAAACAGCGUCUGUCGUGUCGACCGGUUGAAGCUGUCGGCAGUGAUGGUGGCAGUGGUGAUGUCUACCCACCACUAAGCCAAAGCCAGUCCUUUCCUCCCUUCUCUUCCAUCGCCGAUAUAAACCUGCCUCUGUCCAUGGCCAGUCCAUUAGGCGAUGCAAACGGCGGCAUGUCUUUCUUUGAUCCGUCAUUUGCGGAGAAUGCGUUUUCGCUACAAGACCUCGACGGGUUACCGGAUGAGGCGAUGUUGCAGGAAGACUGGUCAAGCCAGUUCUGGCUUGCUGAGGAUGCGGUAUGAACAAAACAAAAUCUGACCUGAUUUGACUUUGACUUUGCUUUUGGCGAGGUAGUUUUGUUUGUGAUGGGCUGGUCUGGAUGACUGUUAACGAUUUAUGACUAGGUGGUCUUUUGAUUAGCGUUGUGCUUUUGGG